CUAGUUUAUACAAACUUAGUCGCGUCGAUGCAUCUUCGCUGCACAUUGUGCGUCCGUUCAAAUCUCUUUUUUUUACGUAUUUUUUACGCGGUUCGAAGUUGUUGCGAAAAUUUCUUUGGAAACCGGAAUUUAAAAGACCGUAAAAAAACAGUUAGAGAAUUUUAAGAGAUCCCGCUGGUUCGAAAAAAAAUCAGAAAAAAAACUCCAACCGCCAACUCUGCUUGCAAAUCUAUCUUCUGACCAUCAAAACAUGCUCGUCCGACAAUACAUCCGACGCGGUGCCAGCAUUCGUCCUGCAAUUGACGUUGCAAAAGAUCUUCUGAAAACAAUGCCAUGCCCCUUCUUGACACGUUUGUCUGCAAACUACGUUCGCAAUUAUGGAUCAUCCCUGAUAAUGAACUAUCGGCAACAUUGUCCAGUAAUGUCGAGAUUGUUCAGCACAAUGGCAGAGUCGGAAGAGUCGCAGCCGAUUCCAGAGCCUAUUCAAAAUCAGUGUCCCUUCUUGUCCAGAGAGCGGGACGCCAUCAAGAAGGCUAGCCCAGCGAUGGAGGAGGACGUCAUCAAUUUGGGCGCUAUGGAACAGAAGGAAGAGACACAGUUCCCUUACGAGGAAUUUUUCCAUGAACAAAUUAUGAAAAAGAAGAAGGAUCAUUCGUACCGGGUGUUCAAGAAGGUAAAUCGUCUGGCUGAGGAUUUUCCAGUGGCUAUGGAGUAUUCAUGGGGCGAGAAAUCCAUAACUGUAUGGUGCUCCAACGAUUACCUGGGAAUGUCACGUCAUCCCGCGGUGACUGGCGCGGCCCGAGAAGCGUUGGACAAGUUUGGCGCCGGUGCUGGAGGCACGAGAAACAUUUCAGGGAAUUCCAUGGGUCACGAGAUGUUGGAGAGGCGACUGGCGAUGCUGCAUCAGAAGGAGGCCGGUUUGCUCUUCACUUCCUGUUUCGUUGCCAACGACUCUACCUUGUUUACAUUGGCAAGGAUACUGCCAGGUUGUCACGUAUUCUCCGACGCCGGGAAUCACGCUUCCAUGAUACAGGGCAUAAGAAACAGCGGCGUGCCGAAGCACAUAUUCCGGCAUAACGACGUGGACCAUCUGGAAGAGCUUCUGUCGAAGAUGGAUAAGAGCGUGCCGAAGAUCGUGGCGUUCGAGACGGUGCAUUCCAUGACCGGGGAUAUCUGUCCAUUGGAGGAGCUGUGCGACGUCGCCCACAAAUAUGGUGCAAUAACAUUUGUCGAUGAGGUCCACGCGGUCGGACUGUACGGCUUCUCCGGCGCCGGCAUCGGCGAGAGAGAUUGCGUACUUCACAAGAUGGAUAUUAUAUCCGGCACUUUGGGAAAGGCUUUUGGGAACGUGGGCGGUUAUAUAGUCGGCUCUACGAAACUGAUAGAUAUGAUAAGAAGUUACGCGGCCGGCUUUAUUUUUACUACCUCGCUACCGCCCACUGUGCUGUACGGGGCCUUGACAUCAGUCGAGAUAUUGGCAUCGGACGAGGGUAGGUCGUUGAGGGCGAAUCAUAAGAAAAAUGUAGCCUAUAUGAAGUCUAUUCUUACUGCCGCUGGUCUUCCAUUAGAACCAUCGCCUUCUCACAUUAUUCCGAUAAAGAUAGGAGAUCCAUUUGUGUGUAGUCAAAUAGCGGACCACUUAUUAAGGGACAAAGGACACUAUGUGCAAGCUAUAAAUUAUCCUACCGUUCCGAAGGGCGAGGAGAAAUUAAGAUUAGCACCAACACCAAAACAUACUCAGACCAUGAUGGAUAAAUUCACGCGAGACAUGAUGGAUGUUUUUCAUCAAUUGAAUAUAUCUAAAAUAGCUAAACCGAACGAUGCGCCGCGUGCUAUCCUGGUUCAUUGACGAAUGUAUAUAUAAUUUUACAAAUGACUCGUACAGCACAAACCUCCAAGAAGCUGUUCUAAAGACGACCAGAGGACGUUCAAAGGCCAGGACAUCCCUCGGACAAAAUGUGCUGUAUGGAAAUUAUCGUACAAAUAAAACCUCUAUCAGUGUAUAGAUAAUAUAUUUAUUUAUCUAGCCGUUUAUCUAUUGUAAUCCAACAACAUAUUGAAUUAUAUAUAUAUGAAUGUAUAAAUCUCUAUAUUAUCGAAGUUAACAAUUAACAGAGAUUUAAAUAAAGUGUUGGUAAGUUACGAAUUAAA